GUCUCACGAAAAUUAAAUGAUUUCAUUUCUGAAAAGGAAUCGACACCAAUUUCUAGGAGAAAUUUAAUACUGCAUGAGUCUGAAAUUGUUUCAGUUUCAAUCCACCGGGGGAAUUUAAAGAGAAGAAGAGGCUUGAAGAAACCCUAAAGUAAAUUUGGUUCAUUUUUUUCCGGGAAAAUUGGGCGGAGUUUUCUCGAGAAAAUGCCGGUUUCCCCCACGAAGAUCGGAGUUGGCCCUUGGUUCAAUAAGAAGAUCGUGGAUCCUCUUCUCCAAAUCCUUCGCAGGGGGGCGGAGCCGAAGCAAUUGGCUUUCUCUGCAGCUCUUGGGAUUACUUUGGGAGUAUUUCCUGUAUGUGGGGUAACUGUGUUUUUAUGUGGAAUGGCGAUUGCAUUGCUUGGAUCUCUUUGUCAUUCUCCGAGUGUGAUGCUUGCUAAUUUCAUUGCUACUCCAAUAGAGUUGAGUCUGGUGGUUCCCUUCUUGCGCUUUGGUGAAGUCAUUUCUGGUGGACCUCAUUUUCCAUUGACGUCUGAUGCUAUGAAAAAGGUUUUGACUGGCCAUGCUUCUCGAGAAGUCUUAUUAAGCAUCGUUCAUGCGUUGCUGGGAUGGCUUGUUGCAGCACCCUUUAUCUUGGUCAUACUCUACAUAAUAUUUUUGCCGUGUUGCAAACUCCUGGUUCGCAAAUUCAGUCCUGUUCCUUCAAGUCCGAAGAAGCCCGUCCAUCCCCACAUGGAAGUGAAGCUAAAGGUAAGGGAUGUGUGAUAAAGAUUGUAUUGAAACCAUUUGCUUCAUCAUCCCCAUUUACUGUAAUAAUGCCAUUUGUGCUUCUAACAUAACACUGCUUGUACAUAAAACUUUACUGGAGUAAAUGCAUGUAAUUAUCCUUUAUAAACAUGUUGAAUUCAGUAUUGUUACCUGGUUGACUGUUUGGAUGAAUCUAUGAAAAAUGAAAUUUGUGCUUUUCUUCUCA